AUGUUAUCAAGCACGGUGUUCAUCUAUCUUCAGCUGAUCGUCACUCUGAGCCUCACUCUUGGACGUAAAGCUCCGGGCACUUUACACUCUAGGAACUCCUUCUACGUUGGAGGAGAGUACUCAAACACCGAAAUCGCUUUCGGGCAAAUCUACGUUGAACACCUCGUUCCUGCUGAUGUGACACGGCCUCUACCCCUCAUGUUCAUCUGUGGUCGCGGACAGACAGGCAUCAAUCUUUUAAAUACACCUGAUGGAAGGGCUGGUUGGGCAGACUAUUUUCUGAGCCAAGGUUACGAAGUCUACCUCAUUGACCAACCUUCCAGAGGACGAUCCCCUUGGCAGAAAAGCGUGGACGGUCCUCAGACGACAUUAAACACCACAUACAUUGAAUCUCAUUUUACCGCUACGGCUCGUUAUCAUCUCUAUCCUCAAGCUGACCUUCACACUCAAUGGCCAGGUUCCGGUGUCGCCGGGGACCCGAUCUUUGACGCCUACUACUUUUCGACGGUACCCAGCUUGAGUUCAGAUCUAGAAACAUCACAGAAGAUGCGCCAUGCUGGAGUCGCUCUGUUGGAACGUAUCGGGCAACCUGUUAUACUCAUGACCCACUCUCAGUCUGGUGCAUUUGGCUGGUUACUGAGGGAUGCACGUCCUUCGUUCGUCAGGGCUAUCAUUGCCUUGGAACCAGUAGGUCCCCCGUUCAUCAACGCCGUCUUUCCCCCUUUCGCAUCCCUUCGCCCGUACGGACUCACAGAGCUGCCAAUACAAUUCUCUCCACCGCUAAUGUCCCCAAAAGAUCUUUCGCCGCAAUUAGUCAACUCCAUUCCUAAUGUGGCUUGCUAUGAACAAAUUUCUCCAGCGAGACAACUCGUCAACUUGGCUGAUGUUCCGAUUCUGGUGGUUACUGCGGAGGCUAGUUAUCACGUAUUGUAUGACAAUUGCACCGUCAAUUUCCUAAAGCAGGCUGGGGUCAAAGUGGAUCACGUCGAGCUUGGGAAUUUGGGCUUUCAUGGGAAUGGACACAUGAUGUUCUUGGAGAAGAAUAGCGAUGAAAUCGUCGACCAAGUGGUUCAUGGGUGGAUAUUAGAGAAAGGAUUGGGACGUAAGAUACAGUCUCUCCCUUACUUCAGAUAUGGGUUCACAAUAAUGCCCACCCGCCUCGUCAUGUUACUGAAAGCUACCGCGUCCUUUCUCAGUCAUCAAGCGUCGUGA